ACAAAGAUAAAGGUUUCUGUCCCCUCCUUGCUCUGACUUGCUCUCAGACAACUUCUGGCUCAUUCUUAGAUUCCUUGCCAGGAAUCUUUAGGAGCUCUUUGCAAUGACUUUGAGUUGCUUUGCGGAUAUGGGCCAUUCCAACUCAUUAUAGAAACUUUCCACAAUGUAUAACCACCUUUGAAAAAUAAAUUAUAUAUAUAUAUAAUAUGAAAUCUGUCUAAUGAAACAUACUUUUCUAUGUAUUCGAUUUUUUUUUUUUUUUUUUUUUUGGUACGUUUCUCCCUCCUCAUUGGUUGAUUCUGUCGUGACGCAGUCGCCAUGCUGCUCGUUGUGGAUCCGCUCUCUGUCUGUCCGGACCUCCGAGUCGAACCGGUUUCAUUGGUCACUUACAAAUUACAGCCAGACCUUAUCAACUUUUAAAUUAAUUUGUGUUUGCGCUUUUUUAAAAAACAAUUUUUUAAAGCAGGUUCAUAACCUCAGAUUGCUGCGUAACCGGAACACGUGAUUUUUUUUUCUCCCACAUAAAUAAUUUGAUAUUUUCGAACAUUUUGGACGUGAGCACGGAUUUCAGACACCCUGCAGAUUAGACACAAGAACAGGAUCUCAGACAGCAGGAUAUCUCAAAAACUUUGAAAGGAUUUCAGUGUGAAGAGGUGUGCUGUGUGUACAGGAAGAUGUGAUGAGAUUUUUCAUCAGAUCUGGAUAAAGGUGCAACUACAUUUCAGGCUUUCACUUUUGGACCAUGGAGAAGAUUGCCACCAUCCACUCUCCUCUCUGACAAUGAUCAGAGCAUCCAGUUUAUCAGGGGACACCUUGAUUGAACGCCACUUCCCUGUGGUUCAACUUCCCAAUUGGCAGCUUUCUGUCCAGUCCCUGUGCAGCUCAGCUAAGCGGUCUAGUCGGCCAUGCUCAAUGGGACUCACCCGUGCUGUCUCCCUGCCAGAGCAAAACUCACUCAACAGGAAGGAGACCUACAGCAGCAGCCGAAGGCAUGCUUCCAGUAGUUACAGCAGCCUCACUGAGGAGCGAGCAGAGGAGGAAGGAGGCAGCGACAGCAGCGGGAGGUAUGACUCCACCUCGUCACCAGAGGACAUCGGCUGCCACCUGAAGAAAGAAAGCUCACGUGUUGGAGGUAGUCUACGGCCACAUAACUCCUUCCUUCCCAAUGUAGAAUUUGAUGACGAUGAAGAAGAGGAAGACAUCGGUGGAGAUAAUCUGCACAAGUAUCAUGAGGACUCCUCUUUUUUGUUGCAUGGGAAUUCCAACUGGUCAAAUCACACAAUGCCAGUUACAGUCAUGGACAAUAUAUGGGGUGGUGAAGAAGCAACAUUGGGUGGAGAGAGUCCUGAUCACUUGGACUCACUGCAUACUGAACCCCAGUGCUUUAAUGGAGAGCAGGACUCACCCAAACUGAAGGAUAACAUGUUCUGCUAUGCUCACCGUCAGUACGCGUGUUCCUCCGAGCUGUUCUCCAACAGUCACCCAGAGUGUUGCACCGACUCUUCCUGUAAUAGUUCUGAUGGUGUACUGGUUAACUUCUGCGCAAUCUAUAACAAGAGCAACAACCCUGCCACACCUCAUAACCUCAGCAGUCCAGCAAUUGAACCUUCACAUUCCUCUGAGGGGGCUGUAUUCCUUAACCUCAAACCUGUUACUCCAACUCCAGCAGUGGUCCUCCAAGAUGGUGGCCUAACCAUCAACUCUCCCUCUAAAGAGGCGCCUGGCCUGACAGCUGCCCCUUGCUGGUCUCCUCAGAGUCUUGACCCUAACUGUAAUCUCUACACCCUGGAGCCACUGCCCAAGGGUCUCACAUCUCUGGAGGUGUCAGACCUGACAGCCUGCUUCCAAAGCAAGGCUACACUGGCCAUAGGCACCAACCAGAAGUACUACAAGCUUGUGACUUGUGACCUUUAUUCCCGGUCACCCAGCCCAGCUUGGUCCAGUCUCACCAGUUGCCCUGAAGGCCUGGGCCACAACACCACUUUUCCUCCCUGUGAGAGGUGUUUUGUUCAUCAAAAGAAAAAGAGACAACAAAAAAAAGUCCAGAAGUCUUCAGAUUUUCAGAUGCAGAGUAGAGCUCAGAGCACUAAAUGCCAAGGUACAAGCACUGCAUCCAACCGGCUAUCUGGAGUUGUGGACCAGGAGCACUGUGACAGUGGUGCAAAGGAAAAGACCAAGGCAAUGGGAGCAAGUUCACUGGAAAAUCCUGCAGUACGCUACAACAAGGCCCAGAGGCCUACAUCGCUGCCCAUCCAGCCCUUUGUUCUCGCCCCUGCAGGCAAACCUCCAUCCCAGUCCCAGCAUCUGGGCUGUCUUCUGGAACAGUACAUGAAUAGAAAGAGCAGCAAGUACAGCAGUUCUCAACCACGCUGCAAAUUUACAGGCAAAACCAGCUUUCAGGCUUCACCAAAGGGCAGCCACUGCUCCAUCUUCCCAGAGGCUCCUUCAAGCUCUGACACCUGCUCCACUUGCACCCCAAGCCCCGAGUGCUUCGGCCACAGACACAUCUGGAGCCAAGGACAUAAAAACCCACAUUCAUCCGAAAUCACUUCCAAUCCAACACAUACCAGACAGAAACCCACACUGGUUGAGGUUCAAAAUAACACAAGUUCACGCUCAGGCAAAACUCACACCGACACCUUUUUUAACUUGACCAACACUAAUCCUAAUAUGCCACUCUUUGCCAACCAAAAUCAGUCCAACAUUGUUAAAAUUCCAACUUGCCAAGACCUCACCUUUGAGAAGACUCGUGACAACACCACGUUAAAAAGUGAAACAAGUUCUAACCACUCCCAGUGUCAUGGCCCAUACAGUUCAUUGCUCUCAUGUACACCACCCACCUUACUUCUAACCACUGACACCACCCAUCCGUGCCCACAGCUUUCUCCUCCUAAAGUCUCACAGCUACAACAGAGGUCACCACAUGCUCAUGAAUCUGGCAUCCUUCUAGGUAGUUUUAGAACAGCCCUUUCCUCUGUUGCCCCAUUCAGCUCUUUGAGUUCUCUCCUCUCUGCUGACUCUGGGCUGAAUCCACAGCAAGCCCGGGACUCCCUUGGGAGUCAAAAUGAACACAGUGGGGCUAUGAUCAGGAGUGACAGGCCACCAUCAGAGUUCUGCCUCUCACCAGACAUGUCUUACGAGUCCAUAUCUAUCAGCCAUCUUCAGAGGAAAGGUUUGCUGAGGUCUGUCAGCAGGGCCAUGGAUUUGAUAAUGGCUCAUUUUGGCAGCAGUAGAGACCCAGAAGAAAAGAUACGUCUAGGAAACAGUUCUCAGAGUCCCACUAUUGUUGGUUUAGUCCUUGAACACUUGUGUCCGUCCAUCCAGAACAUUCUAGAAGAUGGACUUAGAGAUCACAAACUAGACUUCAUUAUCGGGCAGUGCCACAACCAUUCCUGGAGUGUGGUGGAAGUCUCAAUUAGGACGGGUCCAUCCACUCGAGUACUUGACAAGCUAGUCGCCAAAAUCAGACAGUGUCCCCAACUCAGCAGCCACUGCAUGAGACUGAGAGCCUUCAUCAUGGGUUUGCUUAAUUUGAGAGCUUUAGAAUUCUGGCUCAGCCACCUUCAGAGUCAAAAGGGUGUGGUGAAUAUGUACUAUCAUCCUUGGGGGUUUCUGGCCAUGUCAUUGGAGCGGUGCCAGCCUAUGUUUCAGGAGCUACUACUUCUACUGCAACCGCUCUCAGUGCUGCCCUUUGACCUCAAUUUACUCCUGGAGCACCGACUGUUACGUAAUAGACAGCUGUGUCCUGAAGAGCAGGGUGGAUCUCCACCUCCACCUUGCUCAGCCCUAUUAGUGACAAGCUGGCCCCAACUGCAAGCAGACAGAAUGACAGAUGGGAGGCACAGUCAUCACAAAACACAGUCUCCACAUUCACAUCACCAACUGUCUCCCACUGCUCAGCGUUCAAGUUGCCUCAAGAAGGAACAAGGAGAUACACAUACCAAAAGGAGUCCGUCAUCAGCUCAUGUUCCACAGUGCUGGCCAGUCGAUGUUAUGGAAGAGGAGGGCUGUACCCAAACUUGUGUUGAUACUUGGUCUCAAAUAAGUAUAGACAAAGAACAAGAUGAGGAAAGGGCAGAAGAACAAACCCCAACUGCAUCAGCCUGCAUUCAGUCUCAGAGUCCAUGUGCUGAGCUGCGAUGGGCCAAGCUCUUUGGAGCUUCUGCAGCUACUUCCACCAGAACAAACACAAUUCUUCACACUCACAGUGGGGAACAAGCAAAAAAACGGCCGUCUCAGUGGCUACAUUUGGAUCGGUCACAAUUUGGAUUGUUGGCUCAGUCCAUCAGGUCAAUGAAGAUAGGUGGAACUCAGACUGAUAAAGACCAGGACAACUGAAAACUACACCCUCUGUGGGAGGGAGGCACAGCUGAAACGUUUUAAUAUCGAGAACCAACAAACCAAUUUUGUUAAUUGGAACAAGUUGGUUUAGCAAAUAAAUGGAUGGACGGAUUUAUAAGGCUGUGAAUCAGCCAUGGUUGUUGUAUUGAUCAACAAUUACAAAAAAAGGUAAUCAUAUUAUCAGUUUAAUAGGGUCAUACACUGAAUCACAACAUGUUAUAUUUAAAUUGGUUUUGUGCUUAUUUCAUCAAUAUUAUUAUAUCAAUCAACAUGUUCAACAUCAAGACCAUGAUCAUGUUCUGUGAUUAAGCAUCACAACAUAUUCAUUUUGAUUACUAUUCCAGUUUUUAACUGCAGUGCUCCUAUGUUAUAUGAACAACUGCUGCAGAACAUGACUAUGUACUGUAUAAUACUAAUAUAAUAAUUGUAUACAAUUUGUUUCUAAGGUAUAACUUCAUGAUUGAGCAUUAUGCAGUUUUUUCUGAAUUAAGGCUUAAUCAAUAUGCAGACAUGAUUUAAGAUGGACAAAGGAGUUAUUAAUGCAACUAUUCUUACCUCUACCAAGCGACAGAGGAGGGCAUGUACAUAUAGAACUCUGUGAUGUCGUAAAAUAGAAAAAACAAAAGAAAAAAUUUUGAGGCAGGUCCAGAUCACUGCCAAAUUUUAAUCAACUCUUCUGACCUGUGGACAAUCGCACUAAAUUUUACUCUGAUAUAUUCCCUACUUUUGCCCUCGUCUGUUUGUUGUUGAAGGUCACGGUCAGUUGUCUUCAUACAGUUACCAGAUCUAUGCUGCCUCUGAUUUCACCGUGCACACUGAAGUGUGCACUUAUUUUAACUGUGAGAUACACUUUUCUUCAUAAUACAGCUUGAUAAAUGGGUGUAAAUGGCACCAUUUCUAUUUAAAGUCUACAGAAAGUAUUUUUAUUUUACCUUCUCUUGUUUUGUACUUCCUUGGUGUAUACGGGACCAUCUGCCAUUCCAGUGGUGCAAAAAAAA